GCAGCUUGAUCAUUUACUUUUGAUAUCUAUUGACCUUGAUGGAUACGCGCCGCGCUUCUAUCGGAUUCAUUUCGUAGCGACCAUAGACUUAGCCCGGUAGAUACGCCUCUAGAUACGGCACUAGAUAUUUAUCCCCCCAAUCGGAGGUGGUGGAUAACUCUGUAUCUAUCGAUAUUUGAGGUUAGGUGAUUGUUUAUCAUUGCAAGAACAUCAACAAAGCGAGUAGCUCGUUUGUUUCGUCGCAGUAAAUAGUGUUAAAAGUGCACCUAUGAGUGUUUUUUUCAAUUUAAGUUUUAGUUUGUUGUGGCCUUUAUGACAAUGGCUGCUGCUCCAGGUUUUCUGCAGCAUGUGGCCAAUUUGGAGGCAGAAGCGGCAGAGGAACAAGCUGUUCACAAUUUCCGCGUUCAACGGAAGAGGUUGAGGGAUCAAUGUGAUCCAUUUGAUGCCCCACAAAAAUUGUUCAAAACAAACUUUAGACUGAGCAAAAACCUGGUGCAUAGCCUCACCCAAAGGCUAGCUCCCCAUUUGAUUGGACUUCGAGCUUUCAGCCUCACUCCAGUACAACAAGUUUUAACUGCACUGAAAUUUUUGGCGUGUGGUAGUUACCAGCGAGGUGCAAUUGCUCAACAUAAUCUGCUCAACGUUUGCCAAUCAUCCGUCAGCAACUGUCUCAGAGAAUUUCUCCGUGCAAUGGAUGCCGAAAUUGUAAGGAAUGUGAUUAAAUUUCCAGAAACAGAGGCAGAGAAACAACAAGUUAAGAAUGGGUUUUACCAAAAAUUUGGACUACCUGGCGUUGUAGGUGCUGUGGAUUGCACCAGGGUGAAGCUGAAGCGACCUAAGGACAAUGAAGAACAGUACUUUUGCCACCAUAAUUGUCACUGCAUAAAUGUGCAACUUAUUUGCGAUAGCGACUUGCGUAUAACAAAUGUAAAUCCGCGUCAUGCUGGAGCAACGAACGAUGCCUACAUUUGGAGGUUUUCUGUGAUAAACAAUCAUAUGAGGAAUGCAUAUAACAAUGGAGAGACCAACACCUGGCUCAUAGGUGAUAGUGGUUAUCCCAUUUUGCCAUGGGUAUUAAUUCCAAUAGUCGGAAUGGCGCACACAGACACUCCCGAAGGGCGUUACACUGACUGCCACAUAUUGGCCCGAAAUACAAUUGAGAGAACUAAUGGUGUACUGAAGCAGAAAUGGCGAUGCCUACUAAAGGAACGAGUAUUGCAUUACAGUCCAGGAAAGGCAAGGCAAAUCAUUCGCUGCUGCGCUGCCUUGCACAACAUUGCAAUGAAUAUGCAAGACUACUUUGAUGAUGCUCAAAAUUUCAACCUUGAUGACCAUGUUGCAGUCCCAGAGCCACUUGCAGAUGUGGAUGCUGAUGCGGAAUUCGACGCAGGGGUUGAAGUGCGCCAGAAUCUAAUUCAAAUCCGCUUUACCUAGGGAUCUGUAUCCCGCAGCUGAUUCCUGGCCCAUUUUAUUCUGUCAGAAGUGUUUCUUGACCCUGUAAUGCCAUCCUUUUCCCCUUCAAAAGACGUGACAGUCGAUGAAAAUCGGGCUUUUAACACUUUGCAGGUUCAAUUUGUUACUUUGCAUUUGCUUCAUGAGUGCCUGAGAAUACACUUCACGUUGAACACACUAUAUACAGAACUGUAUGAACAUGCAAUGUUAUAGCUUAUUGUACGGAAACCCUCUUGUUCCUAUAUUAGCCCACGACAUGUAAUAGUCGAGGGAAAAGUAUUCCAACCGGCCAUUAUGAAAUGAGGAUGUGAAAAAAGAGGAAGAAACAUGCGCAUGUUCCUUUGCCCACAUCCUGUACAUUGCGUGAAUGGUAAUCAAAUUAUUUUUUUUUCUUUCUUUCUUUCAACUUUGCCUCUUGAAGAAUUAAGUGUUAUUCGUGAAAAGUAUGAGUUCAUUGUCGCUGUAAACCAAAGUACAAAGAUGUAUAGAAUUACUGUUGAAUGUUUCAUUGAGAAAGGAAGUAAAGAAUAAAUUUGAUGUGACUACUGGAAAAA